AUGGAAGAAAGACCAAGAGAUAUCUCUUGCAGUGGGCCGGAUAAUACCGCAACAUCAACUGAUACCCCUCACGAGGCGAUACUACGUGCACAAGAGAUUUCGCAGAAACUAGUAAAAGGCUAUUGCGAGCAAGAGGAUACAGGCAUGCUGUCUGAGAUUAUCCACAUCACGAAAGAGGCGCUUGCAGCGACAGAUCAGGACCACCCAGAGCUGCUCCACCCACUUGCCUGGGCCCUUUACAAAAAAUACAAGGACAUAGCACUUGAGUGGAAGUAUCUAGAAGAGGCGGUAACUAUCCAGAGAAGAGCCUUCAAAUCGACGACAUCUUCCUCAUCUGAUCAUCAAAAGUACUCAUACUGGUUGGCUCUGAUGCUGGGUGAUUGUUUCUAUCACACAGGACAAGUUGCCGAUUUGGAAGACGCUAUUGAAUUGAUUCAGACUUUGUUGCAGCAACUACCAGACAAGGCACCGAUGGUCCCGGUGCUUCUAGUAAAUCUUGGAAUGUUGUUCAAGGAGAAGUAUGUGCUCCUUGGAACUGAGGAGGACUUCAGUAAUGCUCGUGGGGCUAUGUACCAAGCCUUCGCAAUAGCUGCGAAAAAUGGAAAUGAAGACGCCCAGUGGCUCGAGAUAGCCAGCGAUAUUUACGACGCACGUUAUACCUGGAAGGGAAGUUUGGAAGAUCUCGAACAGGUAUCGAGAUUACGAAAGAAGUGUCUGGCUGCAACCCCAGAAGAUCGAGAAAUAGACAAGUGCGCCCGGCAGGUCAAGCUCGCAACGACACUUGAAAAUAUCCACACGAAAAAGGGUGAUGUCUCGGCUCUUCGGGAGUCAAUUGGCCUGACAGAAGAAGCAAUGUCUGCUUCGGAGGAAAGCGACCCUGAAUUGUUGUGUCUAACAAGGCACCUCAGCUUCAGAUUGUAUUUGUUGUAUCUUGAAGCAGGCGGGCUGGAGGAUCUUGAACAGGCAAUACGUCUCGGGGAGGAAUUUCUAACCAGGUGUGACAAAGACGACUCUAAGCGAUCUUCACAGCUUAUCGAUACCGCAGCCCAGCUUGCUGCUCUGUACGAAAGAACAGGUAUCCUGGGCCAUCUUGAAGAAGCCAUCAACAUGGGAAGGGAGGGUCUGGAAAAAACAUCGAGAGACAGUAGCGACCUGAUCCUGGCUCAUGGCAACCUUGGAGCAUCCCUUUCAAGUAGGUCGCAAGCAACAGGAUCGUUGGUGGAUCUUGAAGAAGCAGUCACACACGCCAGAGCAGCGCUUGAUAUUACGCCAGAGGAUUGUCCAACGCGACAUAACCAAUUACACAACUUAGCAUCCGUACUGCUCAAGAAAUUUAUCAGAGUUCAGGAUGACGUGAUGGAAUUGGAUGAAGCAAUCGCUCUUUCGAGAGAAGCAGUUGCCUCUGUUCCCAAAGACCAUCCGGACCUCGCAACGUACUUGAACCGACUAAUGGGAGGCCUGAAUAAGCGACACGAUAAGCGAGGAUCUUACCAGGAUCUCGAGGAGGGUAUACAAAUCGGGAGGCAGACCGUCGGGUUAACGAAGGGUAUCUACAAUGGACGGGCCUUUGCCGUUAGUACUUUUGCAGUCUUGUUGAAAAAGAGGUUCAAGGCAGAGGGAUCGCUCUCUGAUCUUGAUGAAGCAAUCGAAGUCUCAAAAACGGCUUUAAAUCAGACCCCAAGGGACUCCCCAUCCAGGACAGAGCAUUGGAAAACACUUGGGGAUCUUUUCGUUGGAAGAAACUCCAAGACCCGAGAUGAUCGUGAUAUCAGUCAGGCGGUGGAAAGUUAUCGAGCCGCUGUAGACCACACCGUGGGCCAGCCUUUGCGACGUAUCAUUGCAGCGGCGUCAGCGAUGCCGUACUGUCAAGAGUACCAGGAUGCUUAUGACAUAGGGCGGACAGCUAUAGCUCUAAUUCCUAGUCUUAUUGCAGCGCGGUCGCUUGAGACGAUCGACAGACAACACCUUCUCAGUCAUACAUCAGGGCUCACGGUAGCUACAGUGGGAGCUGCUGUUAAGCUCAAGAAAGAGCCAUCGGAAGUCCUUGGCCUCUUGGAGCAGGGUCGCGGUGUGCUUGGGUCAUCAUUGGGAGAAAUGAGAUCUGACAUCAAAGAGCUUCAGCAGGAUUUCCCUGGAUUAGCGGAGGAGUUUACACGUCUGCGGGACGAACUUGACUAUUCCACACAUGUGGAUACUAUAAGCCAAGCGAGCCCCUCGCGAAGUAAUGAUGGAGAUCAUCGACGCAUCGCUGCCAAGUCAUUUGACGAGUUACUACUGGAGAUUCGACAAAAAGCUGGCUUUGAGGAUUUCUUGGGUCCUUUAAGCACAGAGCAGAUUCUUGCUGCAGCAGCAUACGGCCCUAUCGUGGUUAUCAACAGCAGCUGGAUGGGAUGUCAAGCUAUCGUCAUCCAGGAAAAAGCACUUACCACUUUAGGUUUCAGAGAUCUCAAGGAGUAUGAGAUAAUCGACAGAGCAACCGCCGGUGACUUUGGAAGUGUCGAGACUCUGGAAUUCCUUUGGGAUCACAUCACAGGCCCCGUGCUGGAGGUACUGGGCUUGACGGGCACGCCAGUGCUUGAGCAAGAUUGGUCGCAUGUGUGGUGGAUUCCCACAGGGCCGAUAAGCAGAUUUCCACUUCAUGCAUCUGGACGGCAUCAAGAGCGUUCUGGAAAGACAGUCAUGGACAGGGUCAUAUCAUCAUACAGUACAUCCCUCAAGGCUCUCGUGCGGGGACGACGGCAGCGCGGAGUUAUAUCUGGCCCUUCACAGGCAUUACUUGUAGCGAUGGAACAAACCCCAGGUCAAGAUCCACUGCCGAAAGCUCGCGAUGAGAUUGAUGUGGUGAGCAGUAUUUGCAGCAGCAUGGCGGUACGACCCGUCACGGGCGUUUCAGACAAGAAAAACGCUUUGUCUUACUUACGAGACUGCAACAUAUUUCACUUUGCAGGGCAUGGUAACACGGAUAGCGACAACCCCUCCAAGAGUUAUUUAUGCUUUGACACAAAAGACCAUCUUACAGUAGGAGAUCUGCUAGCGCUGAACCUCCAUGAAAGGUCGCCCUUUCUCGCAUAUCUCUCUGCUUGUAGCACAGGUCACGUCCAAGACGACAAGUUCAUCGAUGAAAGCAUUCAUCUCAUAAGCGCAUGUCAGCUAGCGGGCUUUAGACAUGUCAUCGGGACGUUGUGGAAGGUACAGGAUGAUCACUGCGUCGAUGUCGCUCGUGUUACAUAUGGGUGUAUAAAGGAUGGGGGAAUGACGGACGAGUCGGUGUGUCGGGGGUUGCACAAGGCGACGAGGAUACUGAGAGAUGCCUGGCUGCAUGGGAUAAGUGGAGAGAAAGAGCCUGUGGUAGAGCUGGUGGAGGGGGACAGAGACGCAAGGACUAUCUACUCGUGCGAAGAACCGAAGUUGGUUUCUGCUUAUUGGGCUCCAUAUGUCCAUUUUGGCGUUUAA